UUCCAGGAAAAACUCAUGAUGCCUAUGUAUCCUCAGGUGGUACCAUGCUCGCUCUUCGCACAGCAUUUUUCAUCCUUUUGCCCGCUCUGGCUGCCGGGUUCCUCAUGCCGACGCCCUCUUUGUCUAAGCCUUUCAGCAUUAUCACUCGCUCCCGAGGUGUUCCGGCCCGUCUGCCCGUCACUGCGCUCAACAGUUGGGGUGGGAAAAAACAAAAAACUACCCGUGUAGCAGUAGAACCAGAGGUUAUUGCGCCUGAUUAUCGUGUGGCUGCCGGAUUUUUCCUCGGUGGGGUUGGCUUGGCGCUUCCCCCUCUGUCAAAUCCUGGCGCGGGUUUGCCGUUGGCCUUAAUAGGCGCUUUCUUAGCAAGCCGCACCCAAAAAGUACGUUUUGUUUUCGAUGAGGAAGCAAUGGAAGUCAUGACUGUUGGCGCUGACGGUCAGUCUCUGUCGAUGGAGCGGGAAAAUUUUGCCGUGGGGGGGCGCAAUCGCUGGACUUACGCGAGUUUCACGAACUGGGAGUUCUACCCCUCCGAGCAAGUGCCUGUCCUGGUCUAUUUCAAAGAGACGCAGACCAAGCCAGAGGGACAAAUCCACUUCUUCCCCGUGAUUGGAAACCCGGCCAGGCUCCUGGAAAAUUUCAGGAAGUACGUGCCUUUGCCCGGGAAAUGAGGGAUCGGGAAGGGAGGACAGGGGCGGUGGGGAGGCAGGGCGGAUCAUGACGUGUUGUGACUGCAGCGCCGCAGCGGUUGAAAGAUAGGAGUGGUAGUUGAAAUACGAUUGGAGCCUGUUCGGCAGUGCUGAAAGGAAAGACAGGGGACUGAACACGCACGGCUUGUUAUGGUGUGGCUCACGGUGAAAGCUCCCAAGCAAUCAUGGCAUUGCUCGCUCUCGUCUUUUAUUUUGCUUUCGAUGUCCGUAGGUCCUCUUUUGACACGUUCUAAACAGAACCAAAAGUGGUGCUUCUGCCCUGCGACUC